AUGACGAUCAUAAAUGCUUAUGAAGUUUUCUCUGAUGGCAAGAGUCCAUUGCAUAAUAGUUUAACUGCAGUACAAACAUUAUUGGGAGCAUUAUUACAAGAAAAAGUUAUCGAUAAAAAGUUAUGCAGUAAACUUCUUCCCAAAAUGAACAACCUAGAAUUGGCUCAUUUUCAUUUUAUACCAAAGCCUCAUAAACCUGGCACUCCAUUGAGACCCAUUGUUGCCUCAAUCAAUGCACCAACAACGAAUAUUUCCAAGUUUCUCAAUGACCUUUUAGCUCCAUUGUUUUUGAAAGUAACUCGAGAAACAACAUUCACGAACAGUAUUGAUCUAGUUCGUAAACUGGAAAAGUACGCUAUCGAUGGUCAUCUGAUGACAACGACCAAUUUUAUUACAGCUGAUGUUAAAGAUCUGUAUACUAUGAUACCACGUAUAGGUGCAUUACAAGCAUUAGCUAGUUUCGUGGAAAAAUAUUCCAAACAUGGCCAUAUAGGAAAUUUUUUCCAUCGAUCAUCUAAUGCGAAUGGCUCGUCUCAUCUUGGAUAA